AAGGUACAUGUGCUUCCAUUUGUUUCCAUUCCUUCCCUACUCUCCAUUCCGAUAAAUACUCCUCGCCGUUUCUUACGUUCUUCCAUUCUCAAUCACCGCUUCAACCUCCCAUCUUCCAAUUCCAUCCACACUCUAACAUAAGGUGCGUUUAGUAUUGAAAAUCAAGUGCAGUUGGGAAGAAGAUUUCAUAACUGAAGUUUUAGCGAAAUUCAUCAACAUGGCUGAUGAAUCUGUAGCUAUCCCAAUUAUGGGAAAGGAAGAGAAGACAAAGGUUGAAGUUGAGUCUGAGGUUGUUAAGGUGGAUGAUGAGGUGGAGAAAGAAAAGCAUGAGGUUAAGAUCAAGAGCAAGGAGGCUAAAUAUGAAGAUGGAAAGAAAGAGAAGACGGAGGUCGAGGUUCAACUCAAGAGCUCAUCAGGGAGGAAAGAGAAGAUGAAAGAUGUUGAGAAUGAAAAGGAGAAGAAGAAAGAAGAGAAGCAGAGGAAGAAGGAUGAAGGCAAAGAUGAAAAAGAAGCAAAAAAGAAGAACAAAGAUGAGGAUGGAGCAGAGAAGGAAACAGAAGUGAAGAAGAAGAAGAAGGAAAAGGAGAAGGAAGAGGAGAAGAAAGAGAAAAAAGAUGAAAAGAAACAUAAGAAGAAAGAUGGGAAGUGUGGGGAGAGUGAUGAAGUGAAAGAAAAAAAAGACAAGAGGAAGGAAGUUGAGGAUGAUGAAGAGUGUGAAAAAGAAGAGAAGAAACAGGAAAAGGGUAAGAAGGAUAAAGAGAAGGAGAAGGGUAAAGGUGGUGAUGCAGUGGAAGAUAAGAAGGUGAAGAAAGGAAUUGAGAAUGAAGAAGAAGAAGAAGAAGACGAUGAUGAUGAUGAUGAUGAUGGUAAAGAAGAGAAGAAGAAGAAAAAGAAAGAAGAGAAGGAAAAGAAGAAGAAGGAGAAAGGAGGAGAAGAAGAAGAUGAUAGUAAAGAAGAGAAGAAGAAGAAGAAGAAGAAAGGAGGAGAGAAGGAACAGGAGAAAAAGGAGAAAGGAGAAGAUGAUAUUAAAGAAGAAAAGAAUGGAAAGAAGGAGAAGAAGAAGAAAGAGAAGGAAGAUGAAACGAAGAGCAGCAGCAGAAGCAGGGAAAUAGAGAUAGAAAUAGAAAUAGAAGUAGAAGAAGAAGCAGGUGAGAAGGGAGCUUGUAGAGGAGGAGGAGGAGGAGGAGGAGAAGAAGAAGAGGAGAAGGAUAACGAGAAGAAAAACAAGAAAGAUAAAGAAGAAAAGAAGAAGAAAGUAGAAGAGAAAAACAAAAGUAGAGAUCUGGGGAAAUUGAAACAGAAACUAGAGAAGAUGGAUGUUAAAAUCAAUGCCUUGCUCGACAAGAAGGCAGACAUUCUGAGGCAAAUAAAAGAAAUUGAAGACGCAAAUUCCAACACUGUUGCUGCUGCUGCAAAACCUACGGAAGAAGUGGCAUAACUUUGGUGGGACUUAUUGAUUGUUGGGAUGUAUUGUUGUUGUUCCAAGGUUUUUACAGUAUCUUAUCUUCUCUGUUUCAAUGAGUUUGUAUUGUAUUGUAUUGUAUUGUAUUGUAUUGUAUUGUAUUGUAACAUACACAUGUUUAAUGGACAGUGAUUGUUGUUUCUUUUA